AAUACAAACUUCCUCAUGAACUUCUAAUUCAUCAUACUCGACUGCAUUAUGCUCUUUGACGACUCGAUCUCUGCACGCCGUCCCGUGUCGCGCAAGUCUUAGGGUUUCGUUCUUUCUUUGUUUCCAUCGUAAACUUCCCUUGCGUCUCGAUUAGUUUGGUAUCCCCUGAAAGUUCUCAAGCGUUAGUUGUUAUGUGCUUAAACUCGUAUGCUGCUGUUUUUAAAGCUUUAAGCCUUUAAGAUUGCUCUAAUGGACAAAAAGUGUUUCUUGGAUUUACGAUCUUGAUUUUCUUGGGGGGGUGUAUAUGGGCCCGCUGAUGUUACGAUCACCAAUGACUAUUUCUCUCUGUUUCCAGCAUAGAACUUCCUCACCAACGUCUAGUUUCUGAUCAUCCAUUAGCUGAUGAUCUUUCUCUGUGUCUUAGCUUUUACACUGUUGGCUUUUGCCUUUUUUCAGGAGUAAAAUUAAAACCAAGAAAGAAGAUGGAUGCUGUCCAUAAACUGCAGAGGAAGAUCAAUGAUCACGAAAGGAAAAGAAUGCAUUACGAACGCAAGAUUAGUCGUCUUGAGGAUGAUCUUUUUGAGAGGGAUCAAGAGAUCAUACGUGCAAAGUUCACAAUAUUGCAGGCUCUGCCAGAACUAAAUACUCCAGAAAAUGGUCCAUUGGUUGACAUAGUAAGAGUCCCGGGCUACCUAGACCCAAAGAUGUUCGAAGCAGCGUGUCUCAAAGCGUGCCUCAAUAACCCAUGUGAUGAUCGUGAGGGGGAAACAAUGAGGAAGGAUAGAGCAUUGCUUGAGGCUGAAACUCUGUGCAACGAGUGGAGAAGCAAAACCAGUAAUGGACUUUGGGAGCUUUACAUUGAAGGUCCGGAACAAGGAGAAGAAGAUGACUGGGUACAAGUGGAGGUGCAGGAUCUGCUGGACCUCAAAGAGAAAUAUGGCGAGGAGCUUUACAGAGCUAUUAAGAUAGCAUGGACAGAGUCAACAGAACGUAGAAGAACAGGGGUGCAGUUGAAGCCAUGGGACUAUGAAGCUGGAAGGGAGAAAACGUUGACAGAGCUACUUGUUCCACUUGGAGAGCAGAUCCAGUUCCUCGUUAUGAAAACCAGUAAAGAAGGGAAAUAGAUAUAUGAAAAAUAUGACUCUUGUUGUGUUAGUUUCCAAAUGAGAUUGGUUAAUAGGAAGUCUUAACGGCACUCUUUCAUGUUUAAACCCCCCUUUUUUUUUGCUUGAGAUAGUUGAGUAUAAUUCCUCGCAAUAGUUAUUAUUUUUGGUUCCUGAGUUUGCAAAAACCAUUGUCUCCUCGUUGCUUAAGCCAUAUGUUACUUGGCAGAUGAAUCACUC